CGGGUUCGCCGGCUGCCGCCGCCCCUCUCCGACACUUGACUGACUGACUGACUGACGAGCGGCCUUGGGCCCGCCUCAGGGACCCCGAGUCUCGCCGGAAGCCCCGCGGAGCAGCUUGACUUACAGCGCCACCCCGGCUCAACUCCGAGGAAGGAACCGCAGCUGCGAAGGGGGGAGAGGAGAGCUCCGCUGAGGGGAAAAGAAGAAGAAGAGGCGGCGGCGGCGGCGCCCGCCCAGGGGCCCGUGGCUUUGCUAAGGGGGAGGAAGAGGAGGAGUCCUGCCGCCGCCCCCCCUCCCUUCCCUCCUCUCCUCUCCUCUCUGCCCCUCGCCAACCCCAGGCCUGGUGGCCGCCUGCUGAGCCGGGGCUGCGUCGUCGUGAGGCCGGAGCCGGAGGAAUGUGCGAUACCGCCGGCGUCUGCGCUCUAGACAGAACUUGAUCCUUUCUCGCCCCCCCAGGCCCGGCUCGUGUGACCGGCUGGGACUUUUCCCCCUUCACCCGGCGGCUGCCGCGAGGGCAGGUGGGCGGAACCCCUGACUCUCCUCUCGCUCAGUCUCCUUCCUUCCUUCCCUCCCUCCCUCCCCUCCUCCCUCCUUCGCCGGGGAAGGCACCAUGUCCAAGAUGCCGGCCAAGAAGAAGAGCUGCUUCCAGAUCACCAGCGUGACUACGGCCCAGGUGGCCAGCAGCAUCACCGAGGACACCGAAAGCCUGGACGACCCGGAUGAAUCCCGCACCGAAGACGUUUCCUCCGAGAUCUUCGACGUGUCCCGCGCCACGGACUACGGACCCGAAGACGUCUGCGAGCGCAGCUCCUCCGAGGAAACUCUCAACAACGUGGCCGACGCCGAGACUCCUGGGACGGUCUCUCCCAACCUCCUCCUCGACGGGCAAGUAGCUGCAGCCGCGUCGGCGGCCUCUGGGGGUAUUCAACAGUCGCUGCCUACUGCUGUUCCAGCAGCCAACGGAGGGGCCGUUCCCAGGAGCACCGCGGUGCCCCCAGCGGCGGCCGCCCAAGCCUCCUCAGUGGCGGCAGGAGGCAGCAGUGCGCAAGCUUUUGCUGGCCCGGGAGCCGUGCCUCUAACGGCUACCGCCGCAUGCAGCUCCCGCUUCAGGGUGAUCAAGUUGGACCACGGUACUGGAGAGCCCUACCGACGGGGGCGAUGGACGUGUAUGGAAUACUAUGAUCGGGACUCGGAUGGCGGGGCCGUUUUAGCCCGGACUGGGGAUUGUAUUAGACACAACAGUACGUUUGAACAGGCUGUUCAAGAUAGGGACAGUGGCUUAGGUGCAACCGGGGGCUCAUUGAUAGUCUCCGGAGUGGCAACGUCGGCACAUGGCCCCGACUCUGUGGCUGACAGCUCUCUUGCUGCUGUGUCACAACUACUACAGCCAGAGAAAAUCGAAUCGAAAAUCCAGCCCUCUCCGCAGCAACCUAAUUUUGUCAUUGGGCAGCAGCCCAUAGGCGGGGCUGCGCCUCACAGUACUGCUCAGUUGAUGUAUUCAGGGGCUACAGCGGCAAGCCAGCAAAUGAUGGGGCCUCCGCUGCAGUCUCAAGUAAAUACACAGAGCAUGGGACAGGCUGCACCCAAUGGGAAAGGCAUGUCACCUUCGAAUGUAGCAAUAGUCCAGACAAAUUUGCCCAUGCCACAACAGCAGGUACAGCAAGCGAAUGUACCAGUGACUCAGACACAACAGUUCGCUUAUCCUCAGUCACAGAUUCAGCCAGUGCAUUUGGUGCCAGCUCAGACGCCUGGCCAACCAGAAUACAUUCAACAUAUGACAGUAAUUCAGUCUCAAGGAACUACUCAGCAGGCUGCUUCAGGCUCUAUUCCAAGCACUGGAGCUUCCAGUCUUCCAGCAGCACAAGUAGCUGGUCAGAAUCCCUCACCUCUAGGAGUGCCAGUGAUGGGAGUUUCUUCGCAAGCUGGUGAAACAGUAGGACAGGGAUCCGGGCUAAUGCAGAGCGGCCUGACAACUCCAAUUCAGACUGUCAUUCCGCAGCAAGGAGGUGUGGUGCAGCCAAGCAUUGGACAUACAGGAGUUGUGCAACAGAAAUCCAUGACUCAGCAACAAAUGGGUGGAAGCAAUCAAGUGUCUGGUGCACCUCACAGCAUAGUCUCUGGAGUUCAGAAUGUGCCUGUAGCUGUGCCGGGUACUAGUGUGCCUAGUGUGUCUUCAGCUUCUGUUACUAUGCCAAAUGUCCCUAUUACUUUAGUCCAGUCCCAGCUGACUAGCCAUACAUCUGUCAGUAGAAGUUCCAGUGUUGUCCAGCAGCACAUCGGCCUUCCUCUGAUCCCAGGCACGACCAAUAUACCUACAAACCUGCCACAAUCAAACAUUGGACAAUUUCAGACUCAACCUUUAGGCCAGAUUGAUGAUACUAGAAGAAAAUCUGAACCCCUACCUCAACCACCACUUUCUCUCAUUGCUGAAAACAAACCUCUUGUGAAGCCACCUAUUCCGGACACUUUAACAAACCCUCUUAACUUACCUGCAACUACUCCUAUGAACAGUCUUGCCAGCUCUGUCUUUGGCAUAUCUAUUCCUGUUGAUGGUGAUGAAGACAGGAAUCCUUCAGCUACUUUCUACCAAGUGUUCCAUUUAAACAAGUUACGGGAGUCAAAGAAUCUCUGGGAUAGUGCAUCUGGUGCAAGUGUUGUAGCCAUUGACAACAAAAUAGAACAGGCAAUGGAUCUGGUGAAAAGCCAUUUGAUGUAUGCAGUCAGAGAAGAAGUGGAAGUACUGAAGGAACAAAUAAAAGAAUUAGUUGAAAGAAACUCUUUACUUGAACGAGAAAAUGCACUGUUAAAAUCUCUCUCAAACAAUGAUCAGUUAUCCCAACUCUCAACCCAACAGGCCAACCCUAGUAGCACUUCUCAACAGCAAGCAGUGAUAGCACAGCCUCCGCAGCCAACGCAACCUCCGCAGCAGCAGCCGAAUGUCUCCUCAGCGUAAAGCUCUCUUGCCUCAAAACUGAAAGCAAUCUGUCCUUGUGUGCCACUGGUGUUCUUUCCACUUUAUAUGAAAGCAAGUAGCCAUGCUUCAGUUGUGUGUUUUGGCCUUUUCAGUAUUAGACAAUCAUUCUACAAGAUCUUUCCCUCACUGAGAUGUCAUACUGCACAGUUGGUGUCCAAUUAAGCCAUCAGUGCACAAGGGAAAUGGUAGAAGGAGUUAUAAUGCAAAAGUCUGCAUUUAUUUGGUGCGCAUGAGUGGGGUCUUUAAGAGCUUUGGCGAGGCUCUUCAAGGUUUCCAUUACUCAUGGAUUGCUUUGAGCCUUGCUUUUCCACAUAGUAACAACUCAUCUUUAGAGCCACUGUCCUUUCAGUUACAAAUAACAUUUGCCUACAUUAGUUUCAUUUAUUUGUGUUUUAUUUAUUACAGGGCUGCUAUUCAUAAUGUACAUGAACAAUGUCACAGAACUUUUAAUUUUUUAAAAAUAAAUGUAAGUAUCAGUAAAAAAACCCGAUAGACAGGAUUGAGUUUAAUAGAUAAAAUGUUUAGGCAAUAAUUGAACAAAAGAAUCCUGGCAUAUUUCUAACACUAAUGGCAAUUUACCUUUUGGUAUUUAUUUUCAGUAGUUAAGACCCAGCUUGAAUGUAAAUUUUUGUAUAGUGUAAGUAUGAAGACCAUAGUGCAUCUGUACAGGUAGUCACCAGUCAUUGUGAGAUAAUAAUUGAUGGGCUAUUUUGAUGAAGAAAACUUUGCUCAUUUCUGUUUCUACUUUCUAAUAGAGAAAUUGCCAUGAUUCCUCUGCUUUUUGACAUUUCGUAUGAUUUUUUUUUUUUUUUUGGGUGGGAAUAAAAAGCUGUGAAAUUGUUCAACCUACUUUGUAACCAAAGAAGCAAAGCUGUGUAAUUGAGUUUUUAUUUUAUAAUGCACAUUCUUUAUGUAUUUUUAUUUAGUGUUCUCAUUCACAUUUUUCUUUGCUGUCUAGCAUGAUCUGCAUGACCUAUAAUCUUUGAACCACUUUCGUACCUCAUGUUUUAUCCAGCACUCUUAUUGUGAUAUGUAAUAGUCUGUGAACAAUGUCAAAUAAAAAAGAAAGAACAGCUAGUGUUGGUGGAGCUGAGCUGGUGUAUUACGCACUAGUUUAAAAAAAAUGAAGUGAGCCAUCUUUUGUUCAUUUAAAAUGGUGUUUUGAAUUUCGUAUGCAGAAAACGUUUUGUUACAUUGCAGAUUUUAAUGUAUUUAAUAAAUGCAACAUGCAGAUUAAGUGCAGUGUAUACUGAGUAUUUAAAUUAAAAUGUACAUUUCAUAAAUACAGUUU